CGAAGACGAUUAACAGGAUCCCCCAUCAUUGGGGAGACCCCGUCUGCUCCGCCAGAGCAAGUCAUCUGUAGCCGCAACACGGGGUGGUGGUGGUGGGUGAGACUCCGCACGGCUCUCCCGCCUUGCCCGUCUCACGCAUAUCGAGGUCGCCCGGGGGUUGUGGGGUGGCAGGUGUGGAGAGUGGCAGCUGAGAUAGAGACGUGCCGAGAGGGGUGUGGGUUGGAGAGAGAAAGAGAGAGCGAGAGACGUGGUGGAUACGCGGAGAGGGAGAGGCGCGGGAGGGACGUGAAAGGGGAGAGGCGCGCCGAGGAGAGAGAUACGUGCACAGAGGGGGAGGAGAGAGAUACGUGCACAGAGGGGAGGAGAGAGAGAUACGUGGGACGAGACGUAGAGAUCGUGAGAUCAAAGAGAAAGGCGUGGGGAGUGUGAGGGGGAUGGAGGGAUACGUUGUGUGUCGAUGAAGGAAGAAGAGGAGGAGAUGUGAAGGCGGAUCGGGUCUGGUUGCGUGGCUGAGCGACGCCUCACACGUCCGGGAGAGGCGAAGAGAGGCGAGGCGACGCGGAGCAGCGAGCGGAGAUGCCUGGUGGCUGCCACCCCCUGUCUCUCUCCUCGUGUCUCCUGCUCCACCCCCCACUGUGUCUGUCCCUUUGUACCCGCCCCAACCCCAUCGCGUCCCAUGUGCUGCAGCAGUGUGCCCGAGUGUUGUGACAUCGCGGUGCCGCCCGGAGCACACGGAGGGGCGCGCUCUGUCUCCACCACGAGCGCCUCUCAUGAGCACCGCCAGCAGCAGCUUCAGCAACAGCAGCAACAGCAGCAGCAGCAGCCGGCGCUCAUGUUCGGCACAUCACGCGAACAGCAGCAGCAGCAGCAGGGGGGCUCGGCACCCGCAGCAGGAGCAAGGGACACGGUUCUGUAUGGGCAACUCAUUGUGCUGGGACACAAUGGCUGUCUCCCCCUGGGCGACAAGGGGCGCAGACGGAGUCGGUUUAACCUCUACCGCAGGUCAAAGGCCAACGGGGUCAAGCCCAGCACAAUGCACGUGACCCCAACCCCCCAGGCGGCCAAGGCCGUGAGCAGCAAGGAGCAGCACAGCGUGUCGUACACGCUGUCGCGCAGCCAGACUGUCGUGGUGGAGUACGCGCACGACAAGGACACGGACAUGUUCCAGAUCGGCCGCUCAACCGAGGGCCCCAUCGACUUCGUGGUCACGGACACGCCGGCGGGCAAUGGUGGUGGGGGGGGCGGUGCAGUUGGCCCCUCCACGGGGGGCGGCCCUGGCGGAGGGGGAGGGGAGGACGCGCACCUGGCAGCCCAGAGUACGAUCUCGCGCUUCGCAUGCCGCGUGGUCUGCGCGCGCACCGCGCCGCACAGUGCGCGCAUCUACGCGGCCGGCUUCGAUUCUUCACGCAACAUCUUCCUCGGGGAGAAGGCCGCCAAGUGGAAGAGCGUAGCAGGCCAGAUGGACGGCCUCACCACCAACGGCGUGCUCGUCAUGACGCCGCGGCAACCGCCGCCGCACACUGGGGCCCCCGAGGGCGCCGGCGAGCCGAGUCCCGGCACAUGGCGUGAGAUCUCAGUGUGCGGCAAUGUCUACUCGCUCCGCGAGACACGCUCCGCACAGCUGCGCGGACACCUGGUGGACUCGGAGACCAACGUGCUGCGCGACGGCUCCCUCGUGGACCUGUGCGGCGCCACGCUGCUGUGGCGCACGGCCGAGGGGCUGGCGCGCGCCCCAACUCUGCGUGAUAUCGACGCGCUCCGCCAGGAAAUCAACGCGGCGCGACCGCAGUGCCCCGUCGGCCUCAACACCCUCGCCUUCCCCAGCUUCCGGCGCCGCCCCGGCCCCACUGCCGGCGGUGGCUCCACCGCCAGCGGCGGCCCCACCAGCUGCACCGCGGCAGCAGCAGCAGCAACAUCUGGAACAACCGCAACAACCGCAGCAGCGGCGGCGGCGGGAUCCACUGUGGCCAACGGAACCGGCGGUGGCGUCGUUGACGAGGACCGGCAGCCGUGGGCCUACUUGGCGUGUGGACACGUGCACGGGCGGCAUGAGUGGGGCCUCCGCGGCGGCGGCGGCGGCAUCGGUAACGUCACCGGCGGCGCCGGCAGCAACGGUGGCGCAACGGAAGCCGGACGCGAGUGCCCGAUGUGCCGCGCCGUGGGGCCCUACGUGGCGCUGUCCCUGGGCCGCGAGCCAGCGUUCUACGUGGACGCGGGCCGGCCGGCGCACGCGCUCUCGCCUUGUGGACACGUGUGCUCCGAGAAGACGGCACGGUACUGGGCGCGUGUGUCGCUCCCGCAUGGAACCCACGCCUUCCACGCGGCGUGCCCGUUCUGCGGCACGGCGUUCAGCGAGGGCGAACGUGCCAGCGUCAGGCUCAUCUUCCAGGGCCCUCUCGACUGACGCGUGCGGCCGCCCUUGCCGGGACGCACCUCCGCCACCCCUUCCCUGCGAUGGGCUCUAACGCUGACCAAACGUCCAGAUUCGAGCCACCCUCCAACCCCCCCGACCCCGGCACCCAUAAAUAGGAGGCCAACCUAUGAAGGGACACCAAGUCUGCCGGCAGUCCGAGCGGUGCGUGCGUCACUUCCCGUAGGGCUUAAAGCUUUCUGAACAGCCUCCCCGUUUUUCUGGAACGAGUCCUAGUGGUUAGUUUCAGUGAGAUUGUUCACGCAGUGUCAUCCACCAAGGCAUUUGCUGAAAUAUGUAUAUUUUUUAUUUAGUUAUUUUUUUCACACAUUGGCAGUGGGCGGAGCUACGUUAGUAGUGGGCGGAGCUACCUGAGUAGUGGGCGGGGUUAUCUGAGCAGUGGGCGGGGUUAUCUGAGCAGUAGGCAGAGCCAACUCCGAUCCUCUGAGCCACCUGUAACCUCGUAUUUCCGCGAUUGGUAAUUUUCCCGUUAAAAUGCAAAUUAGGUUUUUACUCACUGUACUGCACUUGCCCAAUGAUUGUUAAACGCAUACCACGUGUAGAAUCACAGCGCUGAUGUAAUUUUAAUUGCGGCUCCCUGUGUCACACAGGGCACACACACACGUGCACAUACGACAAUAUUUCUCCAUGUGCAUUAGAGCUGGUUCUACAUCACGUGGAACAUGUUUAGCAAUCAUCAGGCUUGCGCAGUGUGUAAAGACUUGAUUUGUGUUUUGACAGAUGGUGAAUUUGGGUUGACUCAGACUUAAAUGAGGACCUGAGUGUGGUAGUGAACAUCGGGGUGAGCAUGAACACGAACCUGGCAUUGAUACAUGCCGCUCUUUCUUUUUAUUUGUAAACACUCUCAACUCUGGGUGUGAACUUUACGCCAUGGAUGUGAAUUAUAAUCGCUGGACGUGGAUUCGAACUCUGGAGGUGGAUUCCAUUCCUGGAUUUAAACUUUUCGGAUACAUUUGAGCAAGUGUCUGGGGUGACGAGGAAUGGACACGGACCUGUGGAUUAAGCAAAGAAAACACUGAAUUAAUAAUUCACAAGACUUUCAAAUUCGCAUGAAUACCUCAUCAUAAAGAUCGUCAUCACUGUCAUCGUAAUCAUCGUAAAUGUCAUCAUCGUUGCCAUGAUCAUCCUAACCAUCAUAAUAAUCAUCACCAUGGGCCUGAUCAUCGACCACAUCGAAGCUUCGGGAAUGAAUGACUCGCGCGAUUUGAGCUGCGUCUAUUUUUUUGGGGUGCACAUUGGAAAAGCGCGCGUUGCUUUGAGGGGGAGGGUAGAGGGGGGGAGGGCGGCGGGCUUGGGGGUGGGGGCUGGGGUGUAGGGAUGGUGAAUCAUGUGAAUCGUGUGAAGGAAAAUGCAGAAUACAAUUCGCACACAGUGAUGGAUAAACGCGUCACCACCGCCAACAUCAUCAUAAUCACCCCCCUCGUCACUGCUAUUACUGCCACGUGAUGUGUGCGUGUGCGUACACUGGGUCAAUGCAGAGCAAUAUGCAUACACGCAGCAAUAUGCAACAUUCCAUACACCAGCAUGGACAACAUACAUACACGCGUACAUAAAUACGCACACCCUACAUACAUGUACAAAAACGUAAAGACAACGAUCCCCUGUAUAGCCUUUAACAGUCUGUUUGGGGCAAUUUCUGUUUGUGAGCACCUAUGACGACCGACACAGCACACGAGGGGUGGUGUGGCCAGAACCAACAGCAUCAUCAUCAUCCACACAACAGCAUCAGCAUCAAUGCAACCACAUCACCACCAACACAACUGCAUCACUGUCAACAUAACAUCGUCACCAUCCACACAGCAGCAUAGCCAUCAUCGACACAGCAGCAUCGCCACCCACACAAACGCAUCACCGUCAACACAACAGCGUCAACACACAGCAGUCGCAGCAGCACCACUGCUAUCCCCACAAUGGGUUGUAGUCCACAGGAUACCACCGAAGGUGGCAAAACUUUAGUACCGAUUUAUUCAUACGGCUAAAUACGAGUGAAUUACUGGAUAACCCUCACUCCAAGUGGUAUUCACAUAUUUCGAUUUAAAGCUUUCGUGACUGCAGGGAUUCAUCUUCUUGGUUCUUUCGGUAAAGUCACGUAGAAGGGAAGUAA